AUGUCCUCUAACGACCAUCCUGUUGGCGGGUUCCUGACCAGAAACAGGACUGCCAUCGUGGCCACCGUGGCUGCUGGUUCUGCUGCCAUUGGUGCCUUCUAUUACUAUCAUCAUUUGCAACAGACACAUACUUCUCUUGAAGGUGAAGAAGAUGGGAACUCCACUGGGAGGAAUCCAGUAAAUGAUGAAGCUCAUCUAUCGAAGAAUCAGAAGAAGAAGCAAAGGAAGAAGCACAAGAAGAAGGCAACACCUGAUCAAACAACCGCCACCGCUGAUGUUUUAACGUCAUAUCCUACAAACGACUCCAAUGAUCCCGAUAUGAUCCAAAUAACUAGCCUACCGCUAGAAGAACAAAAAAAGAUUUCCAUGCAAUUGAAAGAUAAAGGUAACAAAUAUUUUAAGGCAAAGGAUUAUACAAACGCCAUCAAAUAUUAUAACUUGGCCUUGGAUUUAAACAAGGAUCCCAUCUUCUAUUCAAAUAUCUCUGCAUGUUACGUCUCAUUGGGACAAUUGGAUAAAGUUAUCGAGAGUAGUACUAAGGCAUUGGAGUUAAAUCCAAAUUACUCAAAGGCUUUAUUAAGAAGAGCUUCUGCUAAUGAAAGUUUGGAAAAUUAUUCCGAUGCACUAUUUGAUUUAUCUGUCUUAUCUUUAAAUGGCGAUUACAGUGGUGCUUCCAUUGAACCAAUAUUGGAAAGAAACUUGAAUAAACAAGCUAUUAAAGUACUAAACGAGAGAAUGAAUAAGAUGACUGGGUCUAACAAGGAACAGCAAUUGCUACCUUCAACUACUUCCCUGGUGUCAUUCUUUGGAAUAUUUGAUCCAGAAUUGACUUUCCAGAAUUACAAUGAAAAUGACCAAGCUGAUGUCGAAUUACUAACUGGGUUAACAAACCUUUUCAAGAGAACAGAUCAGGGAUACUUGGAUGCUGAUAAAAAUUUUGUCAAAGCAAGUUCAUUAUUUAUGGAAGAAUUGGCAAAGAACCCUAAGGAUAAACAUUUAUUAGAAAAGACAGCAAUCGCUUUGGAAUAUAACGGUAUCUUCAGAUUCUUAAAGAAUGAUCUGUUAGGUGCACAAACUGAUAUUGAAAAGGCAAUUGGGUUUUUCCCAAGGGUAAAUUCUUAUCUUUACCUAGCUUUAAUUUCAGCGGAUAAAAGUACAAGUCAAGAAUAUUCUAAAUAUUUUGACAAGGCUUUGGAAUUAAACCCUGAUUCUCUCUCAGUAUACUACCACCGUGGUCAGUUAUAUUUUAUUACUCAAGAUUAUCCAAAGGCAAAAGUAGAAUUUGAAAAGGCAAAGGAAUUGGAUGAAACUAAUAUUUUCCCAUACAUUCAAUUGGCAUGUCUGGCAUAUCGUGAAAAUGAUUUUGAUAGAUGUCAAAAAUUAUUUGAUGAAACAAGACAAAAAUUCCCAACGUAUCCUGAAGUCCCCACUUUUUAUGCUGAAAUUUUGGCUGACAAGGGUGAUUUUGCGCUUGCUAUAAAGCAAUAUGAUAUUGCUACUAGAUUGGAGAAGGCUCAAAAGAAUAUUCAUGUCGGCAUUGCGCCCUUAGUAGGUAAAGCUACAGUUUUGGCAAGACAACCUAACCUGCUAAAUUUGAAAGAAGCAACACAAUUAAUGGAAAAGGCUUGCGAAAUUGAUCCGAGAUCUGAACAAGCUAUCGUUGGAUUGGCACAGUUGAAAUUACAAAAUGAAGAAGUGGAUCUUGCCAUUGAGUUAUUUGAAAAGGCAGCAGAUUUAUCAAGAACGAUGGAUGAGAAAAUUCAAGCUAUGACUUUUGCUGAGGCUGCCAAGAUUCAAAAGAGAAUUAGGGCUGACCCUGUUAUAAGUGCUAAAGUGGAUGAAGCAUUAGCUUCAUAUAGAUCCCAGGGAGUGAUUUAA